AGCCAGACGCAUUUUUCCAAAGGGGCGUGUCAGAAACCUACAGCCACUUGAUGUUGUCAUGAGGGACUAUCAAGCAAACCGUAUCGCUGUACGAGGAGUUGGUACCGUCCGAGUGCAGUUCAAAGAUUUUGACGGCCCAUUGCGCCUGGUCAUUGUCAAGGGCGAGCGCCCAAGUCUUCUCGGGCUGGAUUGGUUUCCGGCACUCGGUAUCAAUAUCACGGGAGUGCAACGCAUCGAUCAGCAACCAUCCUCACUUGAUAGCAUAUUCCGGGAUUUUGCCUCUGUGUUCGACGGGACGCUGGGCUGCUACAAGGGACCGCCCGUUCAGUUUGCACUUGACCCUGAGGUUGUGCCUAUCCGCCUGAAAGCAAGAAGGGUUCCUUUCGCACUGCGACCGAAAAUCGACGCCGAACUGGACAAGCUGAUAACACAAGGAAUCCUAGAGCCGGUUGACCACGCUCGUUGGGAAACCCCUAUUGUUACGCCACUGAAGGCAAAUGGGGACGUCCGCAUCUGUGCAGACUACAAGUGCACCAUCAACAAAGCCUUGCAGCAGCACUCGUAUCCGGUACCAGCUGUCAACCACCUGCUGGCAUCCCUCUCUGGUGGAACUGUCUUUGCGAAGCUAGACUUAGCACAGGCCUACCAACAGCUCCUAGUGACUGAUGAAUCUGCAGAGGCGCAGACCAUUGUGACGCAUCGGGGUGCUUUCCGCGUUCGACGAUUACAGUUCGGUGUCAGCGUCGCACCUGGCAUCUUUCAGAGUUUAAUGGAGAACCUAUUGCGCGGACUACCAGGCGUCAUUCCAUAUUUUGAUGAUGUCCUCAUUUCAGGUGCAUCGCACCAAGAACUACUUAGUCGCCUUCGAGAGGUCCUUCAGCGGUUCCAAGAUGCAGGGCUUAAGGUCAAGAAGGAGAAAUGCCAGCUAGGAGUGACUCAAGUGGAAUUUUUGGGUUUCCGAGUCGAUGCUGAGGGAAUCCACCCCACACUGGCCAAGACGCAAGCCAUCCUUAAUGCACCGCGGCCGUUGAACAGAGCCGAGCUGCAGGCCUUCCUGGGUCUUCUCAAUUUCUAUCAUGCAUUCCUUCCACACAAGGCCACUGUCGCUGAACCCCUGCACCGUUUGUUGGACAAGAAGGUCCCCUGGCUGUGGGGAAACCUACAACAAACUGCGUUCGACAAUGUGAAGAAGCUACUGGCAUCCAACCAGGUGCUGACACACUUCGACGAGAAGAAGCCGGUGAUCCUUGCAUGCGAUGCGUCCCCGUACGGAAUAGGAGCAGUGUUGAGUCACAGAAUGCCGGAUGACACGGAAGCACCAAUCGCUUUUUAUUCAAGAACCUUGUCCUCUACGGAGCGUAAUUACGCCCAGAUUGAUAAGGAGGCACUCGCUGUGGUUGCCGGAGUAAAGAAGUUCCAUGACUACGUAUUCGGCCGCCCAUUUGAGAUCCAUACAGACCACAAGCCGCUCCUGGGGCUCUUCACAUCAGACCGGCAAACGCCACAGAUGCUUUCACCACGAAUGUUGCGUUGGUCCAUUUUUCUUAAUGGGUACCAGCAUACUCUCCACCACCGACCAGGAAAACAGUUAGGCCACGCAGAUGGUCUCAGCAGACUGCCUCAAGCGGACCAGUGCCAGGAUGACCCUUCGCCAGCAGAGGUCGUCAUGCUUCUGGACGUACUUCCAGAAUCUCCAGUCCAUGCAGACGAUGUAGCUAAGUACUCCGCCAAGGAUGCUAUCCUCUCCCGUGUCCUCAACUGGGUGUGGAAGGGGUGGCCAAGGUGCGCUCCGAGUUCCGAGUUCACACCUUUCAUGUCCAGGCAACAUGAACUGUCCGCCCACAAGGGAUGCUUACUGUGGGGUGACCGUGUGGUGAUUCCACAGAAGUUGCGUUUCCGGGUCCUCGAAGCUCUGCAUGUCGGACACCCUGGCAUCGUCAGAAUGAAAGCGCUUGCCCGCAGUUAUGUAUGGUGGCCCGGCAUGGAUGCGGCCAUUGAGGAAUGGGUCCGGCGAUGUUUUCCUUGCCAGGAAACACGGCCCGAGAUGCCUCGGGCACCUGUGCACCCAUGGGAGACUACCCGGACACCAUGGUCACGCCUGCACAUUGAUUUCGCUGGUCCCUUCCAAGGACAGACCUUCUUGAUUGUGGUGGACUCUUAUUCCAAAUGGCUGGAGGUCAUACUAAUGUCGUCAAUGACAUCGAGUGCUGUAAUCACUACCUUACAAAGAUUGUUCGCAACUCAUGGCCUGCCAGAUACCCUUGUUUCAGACAACGGCCCGCAAUUCACAUCCACAGAAUUUCGAGGGUUCCUGGAUGCCAACCUCAUCCGCCAAGUGACAUCUGCACCGUUCCAUCCAUCCACGAACGGGCAGGCCGAAAGGAUGGUACGGACCACCAAAGAGGCAUUAGCUCGAAUAAUCCGAGGAAGCUGGGCAAAGCGCUUGGUAGACUUCACUCUACAGCAGCAUGUAACUCCGCACACAGUCACGGGGCGCGCCCCGUGCGAGUUGUUGAUGGGCCGCCGACUGUCUACCAUGCUGGAUCGGCUGCAUCCAGACCGGGCCCCUGACAAGUCCUCCCGGUUGGCAGAAGUUCUGCCGACACCACGCAUAUUCCAGCCCGACGACCCUGUAUUUGCACGUAACUACGGCCAGGGCCCACCAUGGGUAUCUGCUGUGAUUUCCAGAGCAACUGGCCCGAUCUCUUAUGAGGUUGCUCUUCCGGAUGGUCGUGUGUGUCGCCGGCACGUGGACCAGCUUCGUCGGCGGAGCAGCAUUCCCAUGAGGUUAGCCGAAACUGUACCUGAAGGACAGCCUGAGGUUCAGCCUUCGCUAAGCCCUUCACCUGGCGGAAUGAGCAGCAGCAAGACACCAGAUCCCAGGGAAACCGAGGAGCACCCGACAGCCAUGCUACCUUCCGAGGCGCAACCAACAGUCAUGCUUCCUUCGGACGACAUAGCAGCACCUCAGCCAGCACCAACAGAGCAAAGUGUAGAAUUGCCGGGCCCACGCCGUCCGCAGCGUUCCCGGAAGACACCACAACAUCUUCGGGACUUUGUGCUGGCAUUGGCUGAGUGUUGA